GCGCUGCUUUCUGCUGCGACAUGGAAUUCCGCUCCGCGCGGCGAGCGGUGCUGCAACUGCUUCGUACCGUGGCCCCGGCAGACCUCCCAGCGCUGCUCGACUGGAUGCGAACUACCCGAGAUUUUGAUGAGUUCACUCAAGAUAAUAAUGACAGUAUGUUGAAAAACAUAGCAGAAGAUCUUCGGAAUUGCUUACCUCUAGAAACCAUGCUUUCCUCAGAACGUCUGGCUCUCCAAAAAAUACAGCAGCGUCCAGAACCCACAGUUCACGUUGAUGCAUUCCUUUAUGAUGAAGAUGUUAUUGAUUCAUUAUGUGAGGAAGGAAAAAUGAGCAGAAACUACUGUAUGGUGUGUGGCUCACACCAGACUGCACCUUUAGGGUUUAUUUCUCAUUCCUUCUCUCUCAUGGAAUUGAAGUUCAUUUAUCAUCAUGUACUCCCUGAUCUGUCGGGAAAGCUCUUGGUUGACGUUGGCUCCAGGCUUGGCACAGUCCUUUAUGGGGGUUAUCUUUACAGUUCAGCAUUGCAACUAUAUGGAGUAGAAUUGAACGGAGACUUUUGCCAGUUGCAGGAAAUGAUCAUAAAAAAAUACCAUUUCACUGACAGAAUAAAGGGAGAAACAAAAGUGCUGAUUGAAGUUCUUGUUUUUAUUAUUGAACUUAUUGGGUUGACAUUGGUUGAAGUUCUGAUUGAAGCACUUGAAGUUCUGAUUGAAGCACUUGAGAGCACUGUGGGCUUCACUGUUGAGUGAUCUCAUUUGGGUAAUUAAUUUGUUGGAGAACAUCUGAUGAAAUAUCUUAAGAUCUCCCCUCUGUGGCCCAUCUGAUUGCCCAGAGAAAACCUUUCCAAUCUCCUUACUGAAUGGCAGGCAACAUCCUGGGAACUGAGUGGUAGCAGAAAAGAACUUGAGAGAGGUGUGGGGUUCUCAAUAUCCUGUCUGCAUAUUUCCUUUGUUUUCAGUAUAUUAUCAUUUCCUUCAACUAGGGCUGGUGUCGCCUGGCCCAGAGACCUUCUGUUUUUCCCUUUCCAGAGAAUAAACUUCUGUUCCUUUGCUGGGGUUGCAGAAAGGUAUAUAGGGAACUGGCUGUUUCUUAAACGAACUUUCAACUAAAUUAUUUUUAGCUUUUCUUCUUACUCCUUCAGCCAGAGAUAUCUGGUACCACCAAUUAUGAGCCUUUUGAAGAUUCUGUAGUAUAAAUCACAUUUAGGUCUUAGCUUUCUGUAUUUCUACCUUAAAAAUCAAUUUUCUCAAAUCUCCUAAAUUCCUUAUUACAUCCCCCUUUUUUUUCUAACAUAAAUUUUAUGUAUUUCUAUUGCCAUUCUUCCCAUCCUUGGAGAGUAUACCUUAUAUUUAAAAAACCUGUUGUUAUAAUGGGGUUUCAGGGAAGUACAAGAGUAUGUACAUGUGUCAUACCCAUGAAAGACCCAUUGAUUUAAAUUCUUCUUUCUUCCCUUUCCUCCAGGCUAUAAGUAACCUUUCCUUCAUUCAUAUCCUGUUGUGUGUUUUUUUGGAUGGCACUUUAUAUAGAGUUACUGGCAUAGCUGUUUCAUCCCGUUACUAGAUGAUAACGUAUUUGAGAGUAGAUAUUAUAUCUCAUUCAUCAUGAUAUAUCUCCCUGCACGGUAUCUAGUAUGUAGGAGAUGGCCAUUUCGAAAUUGGUUAAAUUUAUUUUGAUUGCUUUGUGGUCUCUGUUUUUAGCAUUCCAGUUUGUCCAGACCAUUUCUGGGGUUUCCCUGGAACCUCUAGAGCAAGCACCUCUUUCGUUUGCCAUAAUUAAUUGAUCCACCUGAUUCUUUUUUAACUUACCUGUGGGGUAGAGAUGGAGGGAGUGAACAGAGAUGGGAAAGAAAAAGAGGAAAUUGUAUGAAAGCUAUGUUAUAUCAAUAAGGUUAAUUUACAUAACCUAUUUUAUAUCUAAGUUACAUAUUUAGAAGUUUAAAGUGAUUAACUAUUUUUUUCUGUUUAGGAACAUGUCCCACCUAUGCUUCAGAGGUUCCAGACCAUCUUAAUUUAAAUUAUUUGAGUAUUUUUAUUACUUAAAAAAGGAGAAAGUAAUUUUUAAAAUCAGUCCCCACAAUAUUCUGAAUAUUUUAUAUUUGUAAGACCAAGUGUUUAUUUGGAAAGAAAUCAUGUGAUACAAAGUAGUUAAACUUUUUCUCUUUAAAAUAAAAUUUGUUUGCCCUGGCCAGGUGGCUCAGUUGGUUGGAGCAUCGUCCCAU